ACUUCAAAUAAAUUUAGUACAUAUCGGUAAUUUAGCUGUAGGUGAUAGUGUUAUGCUUAAAUUUACAAUAUCAUCAAGAAGGUUACGUACCUCAAGCACGUAAUAAUAUUCAACAAGUAUAAAUUUACUAAACUACUAGCCAUGAAAGUCAUACCGAUUACCAUCGUUAUUUUGUUGUUAGUUUGUUCGAUCCAGAUAACUAACUCCCUUAUUCCUAAAGGUGUAAAAACACUGGUUAGAGGCCAGAAAUUAGCAUUACCUUUUAGAACAAGCGAUGUUAAUAAAUUGGUUCAAUAUACAAUGUAUGAAGCAGAUAUGAUUAAAUUAGCAGCCUAUAAUCAAUUGAAACGUAUUUAUCAGGAGAAAAUACAAGCAGACAAAUUAAAAAUGUUUGUUCCAAUGAUGCAGGCUGCUAUAGAAGUAAUAAAAUCUCAUGGUGCCAAUAAUAGUUUACUGGGAAUAAGAAGUACUUAUUCCGAGGGAAAGAAGUAUGCAGAACACUGUUUGAAAACAAUAACUGACCUUAGUACUAAGGCCACAUGUUAUAAAUGGAAAGCUUUAUUUAUUGAAGCUUCCUUUUUCAGUAAUAAUAUUAAAGCAAAUGUAAUUGUAAAAGAUUCGUUUGCAAGGGCUUAUAAGGAAGCUAUGAUAACAUUAAAAAAUGAUCCAAAAUUAAUGUACGCGAGGACUAAAGUUUCAUGCAAAAUUAAAUUAGCAGUACAAGGAAAAAACAUACUUUCCAAAUCAUUGGUCAAUUUAUUUUUGGGAAGUACCAGUGACCAUCAAGAAGUGAACUGUGUCACAGAACUAUUAAAAUAUGAAGGAUCUAUUAAUAAAUAUGAAUCACAUGGUGAAGAAUUUUAUUAUUUAUUGGGCCAAGCAUUAGAGAAAAGUGGUGAUAAAGGAAAAGCUCUGGAAUACUUUAAGAAAGGACGUAAAUUCCCUAUUAUUGACCAAAAGGUAUUGAAUAUUCUUGAAUUGUUAACAUUAAUUUUUAAACUGUAUUAAUAUAUACUGCA